AGCUGCUCCUGGCCCGGCCAUUGCGAGGGUGCCUCGUGCAGCAACUACAACGACUGCUCCGGCGAGCUGAUCUGCACCAAGGGCAAGUGCGCCAAGAAGGACGACUACUGCUCCUGGAAGGGCCACUGCGAGGGUGCUUCUUGCAGCAACGAGCACGACUGCUCCGAUGAUCUCGUCUGCACCAAGGGCAAGUGCGCCAAGCCUUCCUGGAAGUCCUCUGCUGCCAUCGAGGGCUCACACAGCUCCAGCUGCGCCUGGCCCGGCCAUUGCGAGGGUGCCUCGUGCAGCAACUACAACGACUGCUCCGGCGAGCUGAUCUGCACCAAGGGCAAGUGCGCC